AUGGACAUUGAAUUAUUUUUAAAUCAACCUGUCGAUUUAAGGCGAUCUAUUUAUUACCAGCUAGAAGGAUCAUUUACUCACCUAGAACCACCUUCUGUGGAAGAUCUGUAUAGUAAUAAUUCUAUUGAAUUAUCUAAUAACAAAAAGAAAAAGAGUUCGCUAGAGAGGAGCUUACUUGAUAGGCUGUACAACAUAUAUUCACCUUUUAUUGAUAUAUUUGAAUAUGAUCCCGAUAUUGUACUUGAAUGGUUACAAUUUUCAAUAUGGUUACGAUAUGACUCAGUUAUUCUAGAUUGUCUUAGAUUAAAUCAUUCAUAUAAUGGUUCAUUAAUUGGACCAAUUGAUUGGAUAUAUUUAGACAAUGACUUAAAGUUAUCAUAUUUUAAUAGAAAGGGCCUAUUACAAACAUGGUAUACACAACAAGAGUAUUUUGGUUGGAUCGUUGAUUGUGAACCGUUAGAUAUAACCGAUUUACAAACAGAUUAUUUUAGAUUUAAUAUGGAAUAUUUUAAAUUAUCUAAUAUACCGAAAACUCUAAUUUUAUUCGAAAAAAAAAAAUUAUUGAAUAAUAUUUAUCAGACAAAAUUUCAAACAAUGGAAGAAAAUAUUAAUAAGAUCGAUGGAAUAGAUGAAUCAAAACCGAUUAACAAUAAAGAUAAUACCCCAAUUCCAAAUUUCCUAGAUAAUAUCAAAGACUCGUUAGCGUCAGGCAGCAGCAGUUUUUAUGAAGAAGAAAAAGAAGACGAUGAUGAAUAUAAUGAUGAAGAUACUAAUACUUUUUCCAGAUUGAAGAAAAGAAAGAAAAGACAGAUAUCUGAAAAUAGUUCCAAGCAAUUAGAUAAAUCUGUAGUCAAUGUCCUGUCUUAUUUGAAAAAGAUGAAAAAUAUUAAUAAAAUUAGUGUACGAGGUGAUCUAUUAUAUGACGGAUUAAUCAAUAGUCAUGGAAUAAGAGACAGAAGAAAUAAUGCAAUAAAUUAUUUGAUAAAGAGAAAAAUAAAAGAUAUCGAAAUAUUUCAAAUUUCUGAUUUGACUGAAUAUGGAUUCUCAGACCUCACUAAAUGGGAUAAUUUACAACAUCUAUCGUUAAUCAAUAUUAAAUAUUGUGAUAUGAAUAUGAUAAUAUUACCUAAAUUUUGUUGGAAGUUGACCUUAAAGAAUAUCACAAACUUGAAAUGGUUUGAUAUAGUUCCCAAAUUCAUGGAUAAUGAAUUUGAAAAGAGCUAUUCAAAAACUUCUCUACCUUCUUUAGAAGGAAAGCAGAAUGCAAAAAUUUAUUAUUAUAGAAAGACGUCAGGAUCUAAUAUAGAUUACAAACAAAAAUUAUGGAAAACCUUUGGAACGUUGAAUAGGAUUAAUAUUCAAAACGUGUCUGGAAUUAUAGAUCGAGUAGUAAGCAUACCACUAACAUUAUUUUCUGAGCAUCGCAUUUUAUUCCAAUCUUGUCCUGAAGAUAUUGAAAUUGCAUGUUUUUAG